UCUGCUUCCCAAAAUUCGAAGCCUACCCGUCUCCCUACAUUUUCUAUUUGCAUUUUGUUUCUUGUUUUUUAAAUUUUUUAAUAUAUAUAUAUAUUUAUGUAUAUCUUCCAUCACCUGGAUUCUUGGAAAGUUGGCCUCUCUUUUAUUUGCUAGACCCAUCUUCUUCUCCCCCGUCCUCUCUUUUCCUAUCAGCAGCAGUUUCUCAACUCCUCCAGGCCUGAUCCCCUCCUGAAUUGAAGGGAGGUAGCAGGAGGAGAUGGCUCAGAUGGUGGUGCCCACCAUGCAGUGCCAAAUGGCAAUCCCGAGCAAUUCGAUUAAAGCUAAGCCCAUCAUGACACCGAGGAUGUGGAACUCUCUGCUCUUACAUCCUCAGAGGCCCAGAACCAAGAAGAGUAGUAACUCUACAUUCAAAGUCCUUGCUGUCAAGUCCGAAAAUGAUGGUGUGGUUUCGAGAUUGGAGGGAUUGCUUAAUAUGGACAUCACUCCAUACACCGACAAAAUCAUUGCGGAGUACAUUUGGAUUGGAGGGACCGGCAUCGAUAUUCGAAGCAAAUCGAGGACAAUCCCGAAGCCAGUGGAACACCCAUCAGAGCUACCAAAAUGGAAUUACGACGGAUCAAGCACUGGGCAAGCUCCUGGAGAAGACAGUGAAGUUAUUCUAUACCCUCAAGCCAUUUUCAAGGACCCUUUUCGAGGAGGCAAUAAUAUCUUGGUGAUUUGUGAUUCAUAUACUCCAAGUGGAGAACCAAUUCCUACUAACAAGCGGUACAGGGCUGCUCAAAUAUUCAGCGAGCAAAAGGUCAUCAACGAAAUCCCUUGGUACGGGAUUGAGCAGGAGUACACCUUACUACAAAGAAAUGUGAAGUGGCCUCUUGGAUGGCCCGUUGGAGGUUAUCCAGGCCCCCAGGGGCCAUACUACUGCUCAGUAGGGGCAGAUAAGUCAUUCGGGCGUGACAUCUCAGAUGCUCAUUACAAGGCCUGUUUGUAUGCUGGAAUCAACAUAAGUGGCACCAAUGGAGAGGUCAUGCCCGGCCAGUGGGAAUAUCAAGUUGGACCAAGUGUUGGUAUUGAAGCUGGAGAUCAUAUAUGGUGUUCAAGAUACAUUCUUGAGAGAAUCACAGAACAAGCUGGUGUUGUGCUUUCUCUUGAUCCAAAACCAAUUGAGGGUGAUUGGAAUGGUGCUGGGUGCCACACGAACUACAGCACUAAGAGCAUGCGUGAAGAUGGUGGCUUCGAGGUGAUAAAAAAAGCAAUCCUCAAUCUCUCGCUCCGUCACAAGGAGCACAUUAGUGCAUAUGGUGAAGGAAACGAGCGGAGGUUGACCGGAAAGCAUGAGACUGCCAGCAUAAACACUUUCUCCUGGGGGGUAGCAAAUCGCGGCUGCUCUAUUCGUGUGGGACGUGAAACCGAGGCAAAAGGAAAAGGCUACUUGGAGGAUCGCCGACCCGCUUCAAACAUGGACCCAUAUGUAGUGACAUCUCUACUCGCAGAAACAACCAUUCUUUGGGAGCCAUCUCUCGAAUCUGAGGCUCUUGCGGCUAAGAAGUUGCAAUUACAAGUUUGACGGAUUCAUGCGCAAUCUCCGUGGUUCGCUGAAUCCAACUUAUUGCAAAGAACUCAUCAUUUGUCUCACAAUCAUUUCUCGUUAAAUCCUUUGUAUUUAGCCCCCCUCUGCCUUUUUUUUUUUAUUUGCCUCUCCUAGUUGGUUUGUCCAGUUUAUUUUUAUUUAGAUGCCCUUCUUUCUGAGGGAUUGUUAAGAAACUACAUUUAAUGGCUGGCAGUGAAGUGUCAGCAAGCUCAAACCAGCAGCAAUUGGACUUUUCCUGCUUCCAAUUUCAUGCCUGUGAACUACGAAUGAGUUUGAUUAUUAUGGGUUA